CAUCGAAGCAGCAGCGUGGAUUGUCCGAGUCAACAAGUUGCGGAGAUGUCACUGAUAAACACCAUCAAAAAAGUGCGUGAAAGCGUGCGUGGCCCCGCCAGCAGGCGGUGAAAGGUCAGCGAAGCCCCCCCCUUCUGUUGGGCUAGUAGAAAACUUCGGACUUUAUCUAUGUCUGACAACAGCAAUGACUCGUCCGAUGAACGUGCUGCAGGACUUCAAGCAAGGGGGCCCCCUAGAUUUGUACAGGGGGCGCGCCCGGUUCGACUGGAAGGCUUUGAAGCUGGCCCUGGAGACGCCCGAGGUGGUGGACUAUCAGAACCAGCUCUAUGCAGAGCUGCAGCGCCAUGAGGAGUAUCAGGCCGAGGGCCUGCCGUCGGCCUCCUUUGACGAGCAGCGGCGGCGCGCCUGCCGCCAGAGCCUCACCUACAAGUCCAUCGAGCUGCUCUCCAUCGGCUACCAGCUGCAGAACCUCAAGUUCCCGUUCAUGGCCACCACUGUGAUGAUGCAGCUGGCGCCUGCCUCCACCAUCAAGUUCAAUGUGGCCCACACGCUCUUCACGGACGCGAUCCGGACGCUGGGCACGGGGCGACACGCCCACUUCCUGCAGCAGGCCGAGGAGGGCGUGAUCAGCGGCUGCUACUGCCUGACAGAGAUAGCGCACGGCAGCAAUGUGAAGGCGAUGCGGACCAGCGCGGUGUUCGACAAGGACAAGCAGUGCUUCGUGCUGAACAGUGAGGGAUUUGAGGCGGCCAAGUGCUGGGCGGGGGGGCUGGGCCAGGUGGCCACCCACGCCAUCGUCUACGCCCAGCUGCGCAGCAAGCAGCAGCUGCACGGGCUGCACUGUUUCGUGGUGCCCAUCCGGGACCCGCGCACGCUCCUCCCAUUCCCCGGGCUCCUCGUCGGCGACAUGGGGGAGAAGAUCGGCCUCAAUGGCAUCGACAACGGGUUCGUGCUGUUCCAGAACUACGAAAUCCCCAAGGAGAACCUGCUGAACAAGCUGGGCGAUGUGACCGAGCAGGGCGACUACGUCACCCCGUUCAAGGACCCGAGCAAGCGCCACGGGGCGGCUCUGGGCGCCCUAUCGGGGGGGCGCGUGGUCAUCACGGGGAUUUGUGCGGCCUACGGCGUCAAAGCCCUCACCAUAGCGGUGCGCUACGCGGCCGUACGCAAGCAGUUCGGGCCCAGCGAGCAGGGCCCCGAAGUCCCCAUUCUGGAGUACCAGACCCAUCAAUACCGGCUGUUGCCCCACUUGGCGUGCGCCUACCUGCUGCGGACCUUCGCAAUGUGGCUGUCCGAGACCUUCUUCCAGUUCUCGGUGGACUCAGCGCUGGGCCACAAUAAGGAGCGCCUGCCGGAGCUGGGCGCUGAGUUGCACGCAAUUUCUUCGGCCAGCAAGCCGCUGGCGGGCUGGAGCAUGCGGGACGCCAUCCAGGAGUGCCGCGAGGCCUGUGGGGGGCAUGGAUACUUGAAAGUGGCCGGUUUGGGCGACAUUCGGAACGACCACGACGCCAACAUGACCUACGAGGGGGAGAACCACGUGCUGAUCCAGCAGACCAGCAACUGGCUGCUGAAGUUCUGGCCGCUGGUGGAGCGCCAGCAGCCGAUCGCCACCCCCUUGCGGUCCGCCGAUUUUCUGUCCAGAGGCCUGGAGAUUCUGCGGGGCGCCCGAAUCAAGGCCCGGACGGUGGCGGAGUUGUGCGAGCCCGACGCCAUCAUCCCCAUCUACCAGUGGCUGGUGUGCCACCUGCUGCAGACCACCCAUGACAAGCUGGCCGCUGAAGGGGCCAAGGGGGCGUUCUGGGGCAGGAACAACUGCCAGGUGUUCAGGGCCAAGAGCCUGGGCGUUGCCUUCAUUCAGCACUUCGUGCUGCAAGUGAUGCUGGAGAAGAUCGAGCAGCAGUCGGAUGCGGAGAUUCGGGCGGUGCUGCGCCAGCUGUUCAGCCUGCAGGCGCUGUUCUGGCUCGAGAAGCUACACAUGGCCACCAUUUAUCAGGGCGGGCUGGCCCAGGGCGGCGCCACGGCCACCCUUAUCCAGGACGCCGUUUUGGAGCUGUGCGCCCAGCUGAAGGACCAGGCAGUGGCGCUGGUGGACGCCGUCGCCCCCCCGGACUUUGUGCUCAACUCCCCGCUGGGAGCCUCCGAUGGCCAGGUCUACAAGCAUCUGCAGGCGGCGCUGCUGAGCGCCCCAUUCGCCCUCAGUCGCCCCGCUUGGUGGCAGGACAUCGCCACUUGGAAGAGUAAACUGUGAGUGUUUCAUUCCUGUUCUGUUCUGUUAGUUUUUUUGUUGAGUUGAGACGUUUUUUUUUUUAAUAUACGGCCUCCUGGGCAACGUUGCCAAA